CGUUGCAUACAGUUGCGUGACAGUAAUGUCGAAAAUUUCUAAUAAGUAAAUAUAAAUUAUUUUUUCUUCUAAAAAGUAUAAGUAUAGCAACUAUUAAUUUCGUUUCAAUAUACGUUCAUUUUAUUACCAUUGCAACAAUGACAUCAGCUAUAGAAUCUAUGGUAGUAGAUGAAAAACAACUACCAGAAAAGCCCAUUGAUAGGGAAAAGACAUGUCCACUUUUACUUCGAGUAUUUUGCAAUACAGGGAGACAUCAUAAUAUAAUGGAAUAUAGUAGAGGCAAUGUUCCUUCAAAUGAACUCCAAAUAUACACAUGGAUGGAUGCAACGUUAAGAGAAAUUACAGGAUUGGUUAAAGAAGUAAAUCCAGAUGCUCGUAGUAAAGGAACAUAUUUUGAUUUUUCAUUAGUAACUCCAGAAUUACGUAAUUCUGGAUAUCGUAUGCGUGAGAUAGGUGUUACUUGUUCAGGACAAAAGGGUGCAGAUGAUAAUAAAACACUUGCACAAGCCAGGUUUACCAUUGGUGAUUACCUAGACAUUUCUAUCACACCACCAAAUCGACAACCAGCAAUUAGACGUGGUGCAUUGCGUCAGUACUAAUUUAAGUGAUAACAAUAUUACUUUUUCUACGUUAUGUUAAUAAUCCAUUAAUUUUCCAUCAACAAGUAGUAUACAAUG